AUGGACAACGAGAAUCCCGAGCCCAUCAUGAAUAAUGAACUCGUGCCCAUGGAGGAUGCAGAAACCACAGUGGAUACUCAAGACAUGGAGGAGACUCCAACACUGGACUCGGUAAUGCAACUCGAUGUCUUGGAUCAUCCUAGUCAGCACAACUACCAUGUUGAGAUUGUGCCCCAGAACAGUGCCGAGCAGCCUCCCACCAGGCGCCGCAAAAAGAAGUCUGUUGUCUGGGAACACUUCACCAUUGAGACGAUUGGGUCUGGCUGCAGGAGGGCAUGCUGCAAGCAGUGCAAGCAAUCGUUCGCCUACAGCACGGGCAACAAGGUCGCUGGCACCAGCCACCUGAAGCGCCACAUAGCCAAGGGGACCUGCCCAGCCGUCCUCCGUAAUCAGGAAAGCAAAGACCAGCUCACUCCCUACAGUGCCCCAACCAAGAUGGCGCCUGCAUUCUCCUCCGACCCGCCCAAGAAGAGACGCUACAGGACGGCUGGCAUCCCUUACGUUGCCUUUGAUGCUGACCGCUGCCGGCAUGAGAUUACCAAGAUGAUCAUCAUGCAUGAUUACCCCCUCCACAUUGUUGAGCACCCGGGCUUCGUGGCCUUCACCCAGAGCCUUCAACCCCGUUUCGACAUGGUCAGUUUCAACACCAUACAGGGAGACUGUGUCGCCACCUAUCUCAAGGAGAAGCAGAGCAUCCUAAAGGUGAUUGAGGGUAUGCCCGGCCGUGUCUGCCUCACACUUGACCUCUGGUCCUCGCCCAAUACCACAGGCUACAUUUUCAUAAGCGGCCAGUUCAUUGAUAGCGAUUGGAAGAUGCACCGGAAGCUUCUCAACGUCAUUAUGGAGCCCUUCCCAGAUUCUGACACCGCCUUUAGCCACUCGGUGGCUGCAUGCCUUUCCGACUGGGGCAUAGAUGGGAAAUUGUUCUCUGUGGUUAUAAACCAGUCCCUGAGUGAUGCUGCUGUUGACAACCUGAGGGCUCUGCUCUCUGUGAAGAACCCACUCGUGCUCGACGGGCAACUGUUGGUCGGCAACUGUUUGGCUCGUUCCUUGAGCAGGAUUGUCUGUGACACCUUGGCUUCUGUGGUGGGCAUCGUUAAGAAAGUGAGGGACAGCGUAAAGUACGUCAAGACCUCAGAAUCGCGUGAGGAGAGAUUUCUUGAGCUGAAGCAGCAGCUUCAGGUUCCCGGCUCCAAGGCCCUGGUGAUCGAUGACCAGACCCGGUGGAAUACAACUUAUGAUAUGCUGCUAGCCGCUCUUGAGCUGAAGGAGGUCUUUUCUUGCCUGGGCACAUCUGACCCUGACUACAGGGAUGCCCCCACGGCCGAGGACUGGAAGCAGGUUGAGACCCUCUGCAAUUUCGUGAAACCCCUGAUCGAGACGGCCAAUCUCCUCCUCACAGUGUCCAAUGCAUCUCCACCCACAACAAACGCGUUCUUCCAUGAGGCCUGGAAGAUCCAGCUGGAGCUGGCCCGCGCAGCCAUUAGCGAGGACCCGUUUGUCAGCGGCCUCACAAAGCUCAUGCAGGAGAAUUUCGAUAAGUACUGGAAGAGUGUGUGCUUCAUACUGGCAAUUGCAGUUGUAAUGGACCCGCGUUUCAAGAUGAAGCUAGUUGAGUUCAGCUUCUCAAAAAUAUAUGGGGAGGAGUCGACCUCGUAUGUGAAGAUUGUGAACGACGGGAUACACGAGCUUUUCCUCGAGUAUGUGGCCCUCCCUUUGCCUCUGACUCCAGCCUAUGAGGAAGAGGCCAACGGGGGCCCAGGCGCAGUCAAGCCGGAGGACCCACAGGGGGGUAUAGCAAGCAACGAACUUGGGCUCACGGAUUUUGAUGUCUAUAUUAUGGAGACCACGAGCCAGCUGGCAAAGUCAGAGCUGGACCAGUACCUGGAGGAGUCACUUCUCCCCAGGGUGCACGAGUUUGAUGUGGUUGGGUGGUGGAAGCUUAACCGAAUCAAGUAUCCGACCCUCUCUAAGAUGGCCCGCGACAUUCUGUCAAUACCUGUGAGCACGGUGCCUGCAAGCUUGGUGUUUGAUACGGUGCGGAAGGAAAUGGAUGGCUACAAGUGCACAUUGCGACCCGAGACAGUGGAGGCUGUUAUUUGCCACUAUUGGAAAAUCAUGUCGGAAAUUUCGGCUUCCUUUCGGCUUGCGAGUGGCGGGGUCGUCGGACGACCAACUUCAACCAAGGGUUGUGGGAACUCGAGCGAUUUAUUGGGCACCGGCGGCGGAGGGUUGAGCACUGAUGGAGUUUGCCCAAGACGGCGUGGCGAGACGAAGGGUGUCCUCGCUUUUUGA